UUUCUUUCUUUCUUCGGAAUCUUGAGAAGUGAUUUGUAUUUGUGGAAAAUUCAGGCAGGUCCCGUGGCCCAAGAUUCUGUAUGGAUAAAAGCUCAAAGUGUGAUUUGUUUUUUGGGGAAAAAAUGUUCAUUUGGAUCACUUUUGGUCUGCAAAACUGAAUCUGAACAAAUUUGAAAUGUGUUAUUUACAAACCAGUGAUGUUUUCAUGUUAACACUUUGAUAUGUGAUUGUCAAGUUAUUGUUUUGUCAUAACCGAUGAUCAGACCACACUUUAUUAAGACCAUGGACCUUGCCUUAUUUUUUACUAUUGUUGGUCAGGGAUUUAAAAUGAGGAGAAAAUAACCUAUGAUCCGUCCAGUGCACCAGAGAUGGAGGACUUCACCUUGAUCUUCUUCAAAACCACAACACACACGAAGAUCAAAGUUAGAAUGAGCAUCGUGAUGAACACUCCCAUAGUAAUUAAGAUGAUCUUGACUUUUAUAAUUUUGACUUUCAAAAACCAGCCUGAGAUCUAAAGGCACAAAAACCAACGCCAAUAUGAAGUACAUUCAUUUCUGAUGUGUUGCUGCAGCAAAUCUGUACUGUUAUACAAGCUGCACAUUGACUUCUCCAAAAUAUAUCCAAGGUUUAUUUCUACAGUAUUGUCCUUUGAGAAGAUAUACUAAAAUAUUUGCUGAAAUUAGAUGGGUGUACUCACUUUCGUGAAUGGGUGUAUCUAUGUGUGAAUUUGAGGUGGGAAAAUGUUGCAGUUCCUCUUUAAUCCUACAGGUGGUGCACUCUAAAAUAUCACACAUUGUCAGACAGCAAAGCAUGCUGUGUGGUAGGAGCAAAGUUGGUUCAGAACCAACACAAGUUUAACACAAUCAGGGAAAAUGUAGGUUGAUUCAACACCUGGGUAUCGUGAUAAUGUCGUAUCGGCUGGUCCCAGGUGAAUCCCAUCCCUACCAUAGAUUGAGCCACUGAGGUCUGAGCCAUGUUUUUAAUGGUGAUGCUGUCUGACAAAAUGUGUGUGUACAGUUCGUGUCGUGACAAUGAAUCUUUUAACCAAUCAGAUGUAAGAAUUCAGCGGGACUGAGAUAUAAUGGAAUUUGUAUAAUGAUACAAUAGUUAUUGAGUCAUGCGCUAGCCGUUUAACAUUAAACAUUUCUAGUCCUCCUGUGGAAGUCACUACCAUACUUUGACCCCUGUGCCUUAUCAUGAAGCGCUGAAAUGAGAUAAGUGAGCAAGGACGUGUGUAAUAAAUCAACCAGGAGGGGGGAAAAAAAGCAACACUCUGUGCAAACACGUCAGGUUCAAGGCUGAGUUCCUGCACACGGAUAAUGGGCCUAAAGGGAUCGAAGCUCCCCGAUGCCCGCAUUCUCCUCCUCGGCCUGGACGGAGCCGGGAAAUCAACUCUCCUCUUUAAACUGAAGUACGCAGAGUCCUUUCAAACGGUCCCGACCGUCGGCUUCAACGUGGAGAUGAUGGAAGCGAAGCAGAACCGGAAGAAGAUCACGCUGACCGUGUGGGACGUAGGAGGACAGGAGAAGAUGAGAACGUACUGGAAGAAUUACUACCAAGACACGGCCGGGCUUCUGUUCGCUGUCGACUGCUGGGACAGGAGACGUCUGGAUGAGGCGAGGCAAGAGCUGGAGCGCGUGCUGAAGAACGAGCACCUCCGAGGACGUCCCGUGGUCAUCCUGGCUAACAAGCAGGACAAACAAGGAGCGCUGACAGCGACCGAGCUGACGGAGACGCUUAACCUGAGGAAGAUGUGCAGCAACAGGGACUGGUUCGUUCAGCCGUGUUCGGGGAAGACCGGCGCCGGGCUGCCGGAGGGGUUCAGGAGGCUGGCUCACCUGGUGAAGACCACCUCCGACAACAACAUUAAAGAGACAGUGCGGUAUCUGAGCAAGUCAAUAAAGAGGUAGAUGUUUAACCUGCUGCAGCAAACAUCCCAUAGCUCCAAGUUUUAUUUCUUUAUUAUAUCUAUUUAAAACGUCCUGAUGUCUCUUUAAUCAUGUCAUGGGAAUAUUUAGCUUUUUAUAUACCUUUUUUUUAUUUUCUUUAAUUUUACUGAACUAGAAUUUGUCAUGUUUAAAUAUUUUUCCUCAUGUUCUUUAUUGUUUAAUUCCAUUAAGUUUUUAUUAACAGCUCCACUUUGGAAAUGUUUUAAAGUUUUUUUUAAACCAAUGAACAAAAAUGACCUUUCUUGAAUUUCACGACUUUAAUUUGUAAACCAAAGCUAAUUGUGAAGAUGAAUCGUGCGCGUGCUGCUGCUGAUCAAAGGUCUGUGCUUCAUGAGAAAUAAUGGGAGUCACUGCUUUAAUGUUAUUCAUGGUUAUUAAAUUUCAUAUUUUCUUCUUUU